AUGUCGCGGCGGCGUCUCCUUGACGUUCUCCUACUCCUCAAUGCGUCCCGCGGUGUUGCUGGCAGGCAUAUUUCUCAUCAACAACGGCAGUUGGAUCUACGUAUUCGCACGUCUUCCUUGACGAAGGAGGCAAACGCGCAACUUGAUCAUAUUGUCCUCGCGCUCCAGGCAGCCUCGGAACUAUCGCGCAAGUUUGAUAACUCGCGCCAACAGCACUCAGGUGAAACGGUUUCGAAUGAGCAGGGUGAUAUCGGUGGGAGUCGACAUGAACAAAAUGACGAGAACUUUUCGGUUAAGAAAGGAGAAACGGAGCUUGACCGAGAGGCAGAUAUAAAUCAAGGGAUCCAAACACCUGAAAUGGCAGAACCAUCUGCCACUCCUGAAGUAGAAAAAGGGGAUCAGGCGGAAUCACAGAAUAUCGUUGGUAAAACACCAGCAACGCCUGCAUACAAGAUGGUGGAAUCGCGGGUUCCUUCAACCCGUUUAGGCAGACUAUGGGAGUACGGGGGACUAGCCACCUCCAUGGCCUUCGGUAUUGUUGGGCAAAGCAUUCGUCGCGCAACCGUUGGCCUUGACUCAAGCAGCGGCUCCUUGAUAUUCAGCCCUGAGAACGUCGAACGACUCGUCUCAAAACUGUCGAAGAUGAGAGGUGCCGCCCUCAAGUUAGGGCAAUUGAUGAGUUUCCAAGAUGCGAAAAUGCUUCCGCCAGCAAUUCACGAAAUCCUUCAGCGGGUUCAAGAUCAAGCAAAUUAUAUGCCAGCAAAACAGAGAGACUAUGUUCUUGUGAACAACCUAGGAGAGAAUUGGAGGGAUUUAUUUGACACAUUUGAUGAGCUUCCCAUAGCCGCCGCUUCUAUAGGCCAAGUGCAUCGAGCAGUACUAAAGGAGACGGGUAAACCAGUUGCUGUCAAAAUUCAAUAUCCAGGCGUUGCAGACUCCAUCGACUCCGAUCUUAGCAAUCUCUCCAUUUUACUAACUGCCUCGCAUUUACUGCCCAAAGGGCUGUUCCUCGACAAAACAAUUGCCAAUGCCCGUACUGAACUAGCCUGGGAGUGCAACUACAUCCGAGAAGCUGAGUGUGGUGAACGAUUCCGUACCCUUCUCAAAGACGACACAGCAACUUUCAUGGUCCCAGAAAUCAUCUACCCCGCUUCUGGCAAGCAAGUUCUCACCAUGGAAUACCUUGAAGGUAUCCCGGUCACCCGUGUCCAGAAUUUCACUCAGGCCCAACGGGACUGGAUAGGCACACAAAUCUUGAGGCUCUCCCUACGAGAAAUCUGCGAAUUCCGCUUCAUGCAGACAGACCCCAACUGGACUAACUUCCUCUACAACGCGUCCACUAACAAACUCGAGCUCCUUGACUUUGGCGCCUCCCGAGACUACCCAGGCUCCUUUAUCUCCACCUACCUCCGCGUCCUCCAGGCCGCUUCCCGUAAUGACCGCGAAACCUGUCGCGACCUCUCCAUCAAACUGGGCUACCUGACUGGUUUCGAAUCACUUGCCAUGGUCAAUGCGCAUAUCACUUCUAUCCUCACGCUGUCGGAACCCUUCAUGGCCUCAUCGCCGGACCUUUAUGAUUUCAGCGACCAGACCAUCACGGACCGAGUGCGCGAGAUGAUCCCGCUGAUGCUUCGUGAGCGGCUUGCGCCGCCUCCAGAGGAAACGUACAGUUUGCAUCGGAAGCUGAGUGGAGCAUUCUUACUGUGUGCUAGAUUGGGGAGCCGGGUACGCUGUAAGGAGUUGUUUGAAAAUGCGUUGAAGAAGGUGGAAUGGGUUGAUGGGGAUGAGGUGUUCGUGGGCAAUGGAGAGGAGCUAGUUGACGGCCUGAGGAGGAGAACUGUGGCUGGAUAA